AUGUACAAUUACUUUCUUCCCAAUUGUGUGUACUUUGAUGAAGAUUUCCAACGUCAGUUCUGCAUGCCUCGACAUCUGGUGAAAAAGAUUAUUGAAGAUCUUUGUCUAGUAGAACCUCAAUUUGAUUAUCAGUUUGAUGCACAAAAUAUUAGAGGUCAUAGUCCUGAACAAGAUUUUACUUUGGCUUUAAGGAUUCUAGGUUAUGGAAGACCAGCGGAUGGGAACGAUGAGUACCUACGUAUGGGAAAAAUAACUUUGUUUACUUACCUUUCAUUGUUUUACGAGGAAACCCGUCGCGAUAAGGAGUGGACUAACUAUGCAGAUGGAGAUCUGAGGACUGAGAUCCAACCUCAAAGAGGAUUGCCUGCAAGAAAUUAUGGGCAAAAGACUAAUUACAUUCAGAACCAGAAUCUGUAUGAUUAA